AUGGCUUCUCCUGCUUCUCCUGCUCGAAAGUUUAUAUCAAGCGGACUCAGAGAAUUAGACCCGACUCAAAAGAUAGAGGAGGAAAGGUUCGGUGAUUAUGUUGCUGAACGUUACUAUCCUGUAAACAUCGGCGAAAUGUUUUGUUCUAGGUAUCAAAUAAUCACAAAGCUUGGAUUUGGCGCUACAUCCACCAUUUGGUUGUGUCGAGACCUCCGAGAACAUCGCUACCUGACCAUGAAGGUCAAUGUUCGGAGCAAGCGGCCCAACCCUGAGGUUGAGCUGACGAACUAUAUGAAGAGCAUAGAAGAUAUCCAUGGGGGAGAAGUUCAUGUGCGCCGAGUGUUAGACUCGUUUAGCAUUGAUGGACCCCACGGAACACAUUGCUGUAUUCUCUAUGAGCCCACUGGUAUCGACUUAAGUGAUUUCAUACACCGUUUAGAGACCGGAGCUCUCCCUCAGGCCAUGCUCAGACCAGCUGUCCGGUAUAUUCUUAUUGCGCUGGAUUAUAUUCACCAACUAGGAAUUAUCCACACAGAUGAUCAAUCUGUGCUUUCGCAGCUUGAACAGGACGAACUCCAGCACCCCAUUCCUAGGAAACAGACACCCUCCCGAACAAUAUACCUAACUCGAGAGAUGCCUAUUACCAAAGGGUUCCCAAUUCUCUCGGAUAUGGGAGAGGCUCGACGUGCAGAAACAAAACAAAGGGGCCUUAUUCAACCCAGCAUAUAUCGAGCACCUGAAGUGAUGCUGGAUAUGGAAUGGGAUAACAAAGUUGACAUAUGGGGACUUGCCCAAACAAUAUGGACAAUUUUUGAGCAACGCCAUCUCUUUGACAACAUCAACCCUAUGGGAGAGUUAGAUCAUGGUCGUAGGUUCGCUGAGAUGAUAUCCCUAAUGGGGCCCCCGCCGCUUGAAUUUCUCAAGAAAAGCAAAGAGAGCCUAAAAUACUGGGACGAAAAUGGUGAUAUUAACCUCCAAUUACUUAACUUGUGCAGUAACUGGAAACUAUCACAUAUUUAUCCCAUCCCAAAGCAGUCCCUGGAAUCCCGUGAGAUUCAACUAAAAGGUGACGAGAAGACACAAUUUCUUGAGUUUAUGCGGAAAAUGCUGCAGUGGAUGCCAGAAGACAGAGCCGAUGCUCAACACUUGCUCUUCGAAGAUCCAUGGGUAAGGGGAGGAGACUACUGA